CUAAAAAAAAACUGUCUCUAGGAUUUUUAUAUCGAAAACCGCGGUGCGGAUUAUACUACUGAUUUUAUGGUUCAUUUACAAAAAUGCCCUGAGCCUAUUAUUAUAAAUGUUGACACAACCUUACACACUCAAAUCCCAAUCUCUCUCUAUAAAGUGACCGGAAUUUAUCAUCGGAAUGGAUAGCCGGCGCCAGAAGCAACCCAAGACUGAUGAUCCUAAUUAUAAUACUAAUAGUUGCUGUUCAGAAGAAGUGAGCAGCAUUGAAUGGAAAUUUAUAAAAUUGAGUGAGGAAGAAGAAGAUCUUGUUUAUCGAAUGCAUAGACUUGUUGGAGACAGAUGGGGAUUGAUAGCGGGUCGGAUUCCGGGUCGAAAAGCGGAGGAGAUCGAGAGGUUUUGGGUCAUGAAACACCAUGAAGGAUUUGCCGGAAAAAGAAAUGAGUUUUAUUCUACAUUAAAAAAACAAUAAAAAAAUUAAAUUAAUUAAUUAAAAUAAAAUGUUAUGUUUAGACCAUAAUAUCUCAUCUUUCUAAAUUUUUGUCAUUUUUUUAUGAUGACAAAUCAUGUAAUAAUUUGGUGGGAUUGUAUUUUAAAUGUUUCUUUUAAUUAUGUAAGGUAUUUCAAUUUGAUAAUUGUUUUGAUUCACAAUAAAACGCAAGUACUUAAAUUGUAAUUUGAUAACUUUUAUGAGU